AUGGGGUCAUUCAAUUAUCUCGGAUUUGCCUCGAACGACGGAAAAAUUAUGGACGACGUGAUGAACUCUAUGCAUACCUUUGGCUUGACAGGGUGCAGUACGCGGAAUGAAUUUGGCGAAUUUCCGGUUCACAAUGAAUUGGAGAAAUUGGUAGCUAAGUUUUUGCGAGUUGAAGACGCCAUCGUGUGUGGAUCGGGAUUUGCUACGAAUGUUCUAAACAUUCCGGCAAUCAUAGAUGAGAAGACCUUGGUAUUUAGCGAUGCUAAAAACCACUCGUCCGUGGUUAUGGGGUUGAGACUGUCAAAAGCAUCGGUUCGAGUAUUCCGGCAUAAUGAUUUACGCCAUUUGGAAAAACUUCUCAUUAAACUUUUCAAAUCCGGAGAGGUUCAUAAUUAUGACAAAAUAAUCAUCAUUGUUGAAGGCGUGUACUCGAUGGACGGUUCCAUCUUGCGACUUCCGGAACUCCUCAGGCUAAAGGAAAUAUACAAGUUUUACAUUUACCUCGAAGAAGCUCACAGUUUCGGCGUCAUGGGUCCGAACGGGGGUGGGAUCGUGGACUAUUUCAACUGCGACCCAAACUCUGUGGACAUUUACAUGGGUACAUUUUCUAAAAGUUUAUGGGCGGCGGGCGGAUAUAUUGCGGGUUCCCGCCAACUGGUUCAGCAUUUACGAGAAAAUGGUUAUGCUCACGCCUACGCGACUGCGAUUCCGCCACCGAUUGCGCAACAAAUAAUCAGCUCCAUCCAAUCCCUAAUGGACGAUGGUGGUACCGCUCGGGUGGCGCAACUCAAGAGCAAUUCCACCUAUUUCAAGGAGGAACUCAUAAAGCGGGGAUUCUUCAUCUACGGCGAUCUGGAUUCUCCUAUUGCCCCAGUGGCUUGUCCACACCCGGCGAAAGUUACAUUUAUUAUUAGGGAAUUAAGGAACCGUGGAGUAAUUGCGGCGGCAGUGGGACACCCCGCCGUGGGAACUUUGGAGGCCAGAAUGAGAUUCUGCAUGAGUGCGGCUCACUCUAAGGAGUCCUUGGAUUAUGUGGUAGAACAAUUGACUCAAGUGGCCGACCUCGUGUUCCUCAGAGACUUCCGAAUUGCGAAGAAAUGUGAGGAGGUUAUUUCCGCUAAGAAAGUUCUAAAAAACUUGGACUAA